CUCUCACCCUGAACCUAACCAUCCCAUCCAAAUGGCUAACCUUAACCUUGACCUAUUAUUUUCUCGUUUUAAUCUUCAUCAUUUAAUCCACUAAACCUUGUGAAGCCUGGCAAAAAUGUAUAUCUAAACCAAUCGACAGCUCAAUGGAGCCCCACCCCCGCCUGUCAACGUAUGUCUCUGUUUUUAAUUUGUGCAGCUGGCAUGUCGUGAUGUGCGAUCGCCGUCUCACAUUCUGUCACAGACUUAUCAGGAACCACAGGAACAACCUUUUGUGCCAAAUUUGACCCGCAUCUGGCGGUCACUGUAGUGCCUGACUUGUUGUCACCCAUGUGCCAGAUAAGGCCGAGCUGUGCAGUCCCCACUUGUGCCAAUAUUACACAUCAGGCCUUUACACUGUCACUUCUUUGUCAUGUAUUACGGAUGGGCAAUAGAUGGAUCAAUGAAUGUGGAUUAAUGACAAAUCAUGGAUAGAUGAAGGAAGGAUAGAUGGAUGAUGCUUGUCUUGAAGCGUUCAUCAGAGACUACAAUGUCUCAAGAGUUUGAAAGCAACAUUCAUGCAACCUCAUGUCACCGCAGGCUUGUGGACUCGGGACUCAAGUGUCUCAAAGUCACACACUCUCAAACACAGUGACAAAAUUCCUGCCCAUUUAUUUACGCAGGAAAGCACAAAGUGAUGUCACAUCACACAUCCAUGCUGAGGUGGGUGAUCACCUUGGACCAACUCCAGUCUUUACGGGAACUUGCCACUGUCCUGGCAAUCACAAAGGUUCCCAUCAUCUGUUGGGUAGAGAAAACCUGGACUGUCCCCAGUGUGUGUGUGUGUGUGUUCAAUGACUGUGUGUAUGAACCUAAGGGGGCUGUCACACUGCGGACAUUGUCUCAGGUCAAAGUCUUAGCUGUGGACUGGAGUCAGCCUGUAGAGCUGGAUUUUGCCCCAGAUUUCUCAAGCAGGCGUGCAGUCCGUGUGUAAACAAUAGACAGCUGAGGUCAAAAUGUACUGAACAAUGUUGAAACAAUCCGCUGUCUAGUCGCCAUUUGGGACGAACGCUGCUCGACAAAGGACAAUACGACGCUGAGGUUUUCGGCCGCUCACACUAGUGUUUGACGGAGGGUGAUUUCAUUUGUAAACUGGAUGGACACUGGGACCACCAGUUUCCCACCUGUGAAGAUGUAUCUUGUGCUAUUGAGAAGAUGGAUCCUCGUCUGCGGGUCUGUGUCCUCCCGACUGAACACGGCACCAUUCAUCAUGGACAAAAACUGCGCUUUGAUUGUGAGAACGGGUCCUAUGUGGACGGAGCAGAGGAGAUUAAGUGUUUACCAUCUGGAAGGUGGAGCGAACCAAUGCCUUCCUGCUCAGAGCCAUGUCAGCUAACAGGUGUUGCCGACAGCGUUCAGCUGGUGUCACACAACCUCGAUGCGUAUGUCAAAAGGGGUGAGAAGGUCCAGUUCCGCUGCCGUUUACGAAGUCACAACAUCAGAGGGGCGAGCGAAGUGGUGUGUCAGCACAACGGCAAAUGGAGCGCCUCCUUUCCCACCUGUGGAGCGGCUACAGAGAACUGUCGGAGUCCACCCACUCUGCUGGACGGCGAUGUGAAGGGCUCGCUGAAGUCUGAAUACGAACACCUGGACCGGGUGGAGAUGGCGUGCCAGUCGUACUACGUCAUGGAGGGCGGCCCAAUGAAGACAUGUGUGAGCGGCGAGUGGCAAGGAGACAUGAAGUGUCUGAAACCGUGCACAGUGGAUCGCGGCAUCAUGAACCAACGUCAUAUCACCUUUCGCUACACAAGAGACGACAAGUUGUACUCGGCACAUGACGAUGUGAUCGAGUUUAUGUGCACUCGAGGGCGAAUGCACGGAGACUCGCGUCAACGCUGUUUGAAUGGUCACAUGGAUCUUCCCACCUGCCAGUGAUGACGUCAUCACCCUGCAAUACCAGUCAGGGACCUAAUUCUGCUUUUGUUGUCUAACAUUUGUGUUUCUCACAAUAAACGUCUAAACUCAAA